UCAUCGAAUGGGGAAUAGCAACCAGGUUUCCAUUAAGAAAUUAUAUGAGAAAAUGUCCACUGGAGAGAACUCCUUCCUACCACAGAUCCCUGAUGGGGUCAUGCUCAGUGAGUUUGAACGAGAUGUAUUCUACACACUUAAUUUCCUCAGAACGCAACCAGGCCUCAUGAUCUGGAGAUUAGGCAAAGUUAGGAAAAAAUUCAAAAUUUCAAGAAAAUAAGUACAAAGAUCGGAGGAAACUUCUGGCAUUUAUGGCAAAAAAUAAGGAAUAUCUAGCCAGCCCCAUCCAGGUCGACAAGGAUAUCUACUAUGCAUGAAAGUAUUGAAAUGAGAAAUUUGCUGAAAGUGAUUUUAAAAUUGGAGGAGUUUUGCUAUACCUCAACAAGUUAUAUAAAAAUGUCAAAGGAUUCGAGCAUACCUCCUUUGAGUGGAAAGGAACAGGUGAGGAAUUUGUGAUGUAUAUCUUCCUGAAAGAAGACUUCACAUCUGUCGAAGGAAUCAAUCCUUUCUUCAGCAAUAGCAUACAGUAUUUUGGAUGCAAUUUCUCUAAGAAUACGGUCAGAAAAAGUUGAUUUAGGCUCUGAUGGACCUGCAAACCAGAGCCUAAGGAUAAUACUUUGGCCACCAAAGGGUUAAUUUAA